AUGAGUGGGAUGGAAGUUGUUGCAGUCCUUGGCUGCGUUGCCGCGGUGGUAUCAGCCUACAAAGACGGUGGAAAGAUUGUAAAACAGAUCAAAGCGAAACGAGCUGCGAAGAAAGCAUUGACGCCAACAAAAUCACUUGAGAGCUCAUUGGAGCGAGGUCCUAUAGCCGUGGAGCAAGCAAAGGACAAUGGAAUCGAGAGAUAUGGGUCUCUAUUUGCUACUGGAGACCAGAUAGCCACCGAAGCUCUCAGGAACAUCCUCAUUGCCCUCCAAGGGACUCUCCUAAGACAUCUGUGGUCUGCAUCAGAAGAUGACAAUAUGACGGACUUCCACAUGUUAGUAGACGCUUCUGAUUUUGGACGUAUUCAAUCCGUCACCGUCCUCAAUGAAUUGUAUAUGCGGAUGGCACAAGCAGCUCCUCUGCAAAACAUGCAGCUGCCGAUAGGGGAACCUACGGCAGACUCAGGAUCCAUAUGGGAAUAUGCAAAUCCGACCAGUGCUGCUCCUUCACAUCAGGUGGCAUCCCAGGUCUUGGCGAAAAGUCCGCCUGUUCCAACUUUGUUUGAUCGAAACCUACCACCUGAAGACUCGACAUCGAAGAAAGACCCCGGCAAAUCGCCUGUCUCUGCACGGAGAAAAUGGGGAGUAUUUCCCUCAAGCACGCGCAAACUUGAAUCGGAAAUAGCUUCGGGAAGCCUCGCACCUAGCAACUCACGAGAAUCAGCGCUCGAUGAUUCUCCGCCAGGCAUCAAAUUUGGAGGAAAUGUAUCGUCAACAGGAAAUUCAUCCUCGCGGGUGACCUCAGAAGGCUCUAUUCCCCCAAGAGACUUUGCUGACGAUCUGUGGAAGUUAUCUUCUGAGUUGUCAAUUGAUGAAGAGAACCCAUGGCGAGAAGAGCCUUCUACUUCGAACGGUGGCGUUAAGAAAGCCGCUGCUCCAGAAUUGAGCCCAGCGACAGGAAUAAUGGCGUACAUGCCACGAAGAGAAGCCGCCUCGGUUGAAGACCCCCCAAGACCGUUGCGGGAGCCGAAACCCAUGCGGAGGGUAGCCGCCUACAAGCCUCGGAAACAACCGAAAUCAGAUGCUCCACCUGUGGCAGAGAGCGGAACGCGCCCAGAAUCGAAAGGGACGCAGAAGAAGUUCCCAUUCAUGCCUCGAAGACGAACUACGGCAAACGUAACUCAGGAUGCAACACAGCCCCAUAUGCACAACGUAGCCCACACAAUCUCGCCAAUCAUCUCACGAACCCAGACCAACCAAAGCGCCCUACUAGGCUCCCGUCACCCAUACGGUGGCUACUGCAAAGGCGCUUACAAGCUGCAAGUAGGCCUCGACAAAGAAAGCGUCAAUCUUCGCAACCAAUCAACAUCCAUGACAGGCCAAUCCAACUACUGGGCCUGUGCUAGCUCCAAAUGCGCAUACGAAGGGCCAGCUUGUAGGAAGGGGAAGAAUUGGACGUUCGAUGAUACCGUUCGAGUAUCCGACGCUGUGCAGUAUCGAUGGGCCUUUUUAGCCAAAUGCCAUGUCGCUUUAUCCAAAGUCAAGAAUGGGCAGUAUGAUUACCAAUGCGUCUUCUGUGGCAUCCAGCCACCUUCGAACAACGUAUAUCGGGGCGAGAAAGCUUUCAUCGAGCACGUUUCGCAACAACAUCGAGGACGGCAGCCAGACCCGUCGAUAUCGGAUAAAAUACGCUGUAUAUAUGGUAGAGUGGCGCUGGAAGAAGAGGAGUUUGAUGUCAAUUUGACUCCGAAGGAAGACUCACCCCUCGUGCAUCGGCAGAUAUCCCUUGAUACCCCUAAUCUUCUCACGGGGAGCCCUGAUCAUAACGCGACGCCAGAUGAUGAAGUGUUUGAGUGGCCUGCGAUUGGAGGUCUGUCGAGUGCUAGCCAGCGGGAAUUAUAA